AUGGUGCGCAAUGUGGAUGACCUGGACUUCUGCCUGUCCUCCCAUCCCCAGAGCAUCCUGGAGGGCUUGCGCUCCCUCCGGUCUCACCCUAAACUAGUUGAUGUAACGUUGAGUGCGGGGGGCCGGGACUUCCCCUGUCACCGCAGCGUGCUGGCUCUCUGCAGCAUGUACUUCCGCUGCAUGUUCUCAGGGGAGUUUAUGGAGAGCAUAGCAGCACGUGUGGAGCUUCACGAUAUCGAUCCUGACAUCCUCAGCAGCUUGCUGGACUUUGCCUACACGGGCAAACUGACCAUCAACCAGAGCAAUGUGGAGGGAUUGAUCUGCACCUCCAGCCAGCUGGAGUUCCAGACCGUGAGAAGUGUGUGCAGCAGGUACCUCCAGCACCAGAUUGAUGCAACCAACUGCCUGGGAAUCCUGGAGUUUGGGGACAUCCAUGGCUGCCCAGAAGUGGUGGCCAAAGCGUGGGCUUUCCUGUUGGAGAACUUUGAGGCAGUACAACAAAGUGAAGAGUUUUUACUACUGGAAAAAGACAGGCUGGUUUCCUGCCUGAGCCACGAAGGACUACAUAUCCGGUCAGAGUGCACCCGUGUGGAGGCCAUCUUGAAAUGGGUCGGGCACCACAAGGAGUCUCGGCUCUGCCACCUACUUGAACUCCUGAACCUGAGCCGUCUCCCCCUACUUAGCCUGGACUACCUGGCUGACAACCUGCUGAAGGACAGCCUGGUUCAAGCCUCUCCCAGCUGCAGGGAGGCUGUGGAAAAAAUUCACAGAGAGAAAAUGGAUCUGGCACCAGAAUACAUGGACCUAGUCAACUCUCAGAGUCCGCAACCAAACCUGCAAGAGGUGCUGUUUGUAAUGGGAGGCCGUUCGCUGGACGACUCAGACGAUGACUCCGAUGAGGAUGAGGACAGAGAUCCGAGGCUGCAGAGAUUGUUGCCCAGGAAUUGUGCCUUCUACAAUACAAGGACAAAACAGUGGCAUGAGCUCCCGAAUUUCCCCAAUCCUAACAAGUGGGGUUACUCCUUGGUCGCUUUGAAUAACGAUGUGUAUGUCACAGGAGGCUCGCGGGGUUCGAAUACCAACACCUGGUCGACCACAGAGACCUGGAAGUACAUCACAAGAGAGGGGAGGUGGGUUACUGUGGCACCCAUGCUCCGGCCUCGGACUAACCACACGUCGGCAACGCUCAACGGGGAGAUUUACGUCAUCGGAGGCACGACAUCAGACCGUGUUGAGGUUGAGCAUUAUGACCCUUACAAUGACACCUGGGCCUUGACGUGUCCCGCAUUAAAAUAUGUGACUAACUUUACCGCCACAGCGUGUCACGGGAAGCUCUAUGUGAUUGGCUCGUGUGCAGUGAAGUACAAUGCUUUGACCAUGCAGUGCUUCAACCCUGUCAUAGAUAGUUGGAUCCACAUAUGUUCCCCCUUCAUCCCUAAGUACCUGUCCUCCCCUCGGUCAGUCUGUGUGGGUGGAAUUAUUUAUUUGGUUGCUGACAACACUAAGAAAGUCUACUGCUAUGAUCCAGUUGCCAACAUGUGGCAGAAGGUCCAACUCCUUCACACGCUCCAUGAGAACGGAGGCCUGGUAGCACUGGACGGGAUGUUGUUCGUCACAGGAGGCCAUUGGAAAGGCAUGGAGGGGGACUACGGGGUGGAAGUGGAGGUUUACAACCGAGAAUCCGACAACUGGGAGGUGGAGAGCUUCUUGCCUAGACUUUGGUUCUACAGCGGGGUCUGCACCAUCUUUCUAGACCCAUCCCAUUGGCCUGAGCUUUUCCCCAUAGAUUCAACAUAAUGGCCUACAGAGAAGUGCUCCUAUCAUAUCUAUGUUACAAUGCAAAUGGUAUGUUAAUCCUGGGAUGUUGUCGUAUCCUAGAAUAGUGUGUUACAUGAUCCUCAGGUAUUCUUGGUUUUUUUUGUUUUUUUUUUAGGGCCUUGCUAGACUGCCCAGUAGGUAUUUAUUUAUAAUUUGUACCAUGUGUUUGAAAUCUGACUUGAAAUAUGACUUCUUGUGUUAUUGAAUAUGCUUGUGAAUAUUCAAAUCUUUGUAGAAAUGAUGUGUGGGCUACUGCUUAAGUAAUAUUAUUGUUGUAUAUCUUUCAUUUUCGACUGGAAAUGCUGGAAUUAUGAAUAAAAAGUGCUGGAACAUGCUCAGCUCUACUUGAAAGCAGAA